AACACCCACCGUCUAGAGAGAGAGAGAGAGAUGGCGCUGGAGGCAUGGAGGGUGCUCGUCCGGGACCGGGUGGUGGAGGCGGCCAACCGCUGCGGCCGCGCCAGCGGGCUGCUCACCGACACGCUGGGGGACCUGGCGUCGCCGAUGCACACGGCCGACGCGUGGGGCGGGCGUUUUCGGUCCCAGCUCGUGGAUGAAGUGCUCACAGACGCGUCCAGAGAGCUCGCCAUCGCCGCGUCCGUCAUGGCGGCGGCCGAGCUUAUCGCGCUCCGCGGCGGCGCUGCCACCCCGACGGCCCCUCUGCACUCCAUCGACGACGUCCGCGACGACGAGCCCGACCUGCGGUUCGCUCUGGCCCAGCUCCAGAUCGCCAGGGUCCGCGCCGAGGACGCGUGCGACUCCGUGGAGCUGUGCCGCGGCCACCUAUGGACAGCCUUGCAGCUGCUGGACCACCCGAGUCUCCCUGCCGUGGACGACAUCCUCGAAGUCAAGCGCGGCGCCGCCCACGGCAACCUCGACGCCGCGCGGAGGCUCGCGGAAGGGAGCACCUCGCUGGCUCGCACCGCCCACGCGCGGCUGCGUUAGACGGCGGGUCGGCGGCCACGUCCACUGAUCAAGGUCUAUGGGUUUUGAUUUGCUUCAUCGCUUGCAUUUGCCAAAGGUAACAUGUGCCCUGUGUUCUUACGUGCUGUUGCCUUGUUCGAUUGUGGAGUCUUGCCAUUCCUAGUCUGAAAUUCUAGAUGAUGAGCACUGACACCAUGGCCCAACAGUUUCAUAACAAAAAAAACCAUGACCGAACAGAGCAUAUUACUUCUGCUGUUUCUUCGCGAAUGUUAUGCACGCACGCAUUACUUUUAUUCGUCGAUGUCAGUUUUAUAAUGGGAUUACUCGAUAGUAUAUAUGGUGCAAAUGUAUGCAAGAACGAUGGAAGUGACAACAUCGUUGUGUUUUCUUUU